UGUUGCUAAUUUCAAGCAGAAAAGCAGGAAAUGUGACAGUGUAGUUUUCCGCUUCCAUAAACAAGACGACUGCCAGGGUUAGCCUCUAGUCCCGUGUGCCUCUGGGCUCAGACACACUGACAGAGAAAGUGAGCGAGGGACGAGAGAGGGAGAAAGUGAGAGAACAGGAAAGAGGGGAGGCAGAAAGACAGGAAAACCCAUCAGAAGGAAAAGAGAGACAGCCAAGGAUUGACAGAAGAGGAGGAGAGGGAGAGUAAAAGACAGACUGAGUCGAGUAUCAGUCUCUCUUCUUCUCCUGGAAGUCAUGGCCGAGAACAACACAAAUCUCUUUCUGGAAAUACUUCAGUCUUAUGAUGCUGUCCCUCUGAUCAUAGCUUUCUGUGUGUCCAUGGCGGUGGGCCUGGUCUUCGGGGCCCUGGUUUACGUGAUCUUGACCUGGAUGUCCCGACGCAGAGUAGGCUCCGCCAGCAUCACCCGCCGUCCUCCUCGCCACUCACGCACAUCUCCUCGUAACCGCCCGGGCUUUAACCGCAACAGCAGCUACGACCGGCGCAGCAACAACAGUUUGGUCAGCGCCGCUUUCAGCUUCCACCGCCAGACUUCCUCCCCGGAUCACCUCGACCCGCUGGGGCACAAAUCCAGCUUCAGGGCCUCCACCUUCCACCCGCUCCUCCAGUGCAGCCAGAUUGCGAGGGAGGCGGAGGAGGGGAGCCAGACCACGCUGCCUCGUACGCCGACUCUGACCACGUCGACUGGAUCAGCUCAAACAGCAGCUCAGCCGGCUGCCACGCCACCCAGACCUGAGUCAUUUUGGGGGAACAAUGGCCUGAGGGGUUUCCAUGCUACACAGACCCCACCUCCAGCUUAUGAGAGCAUUAUUAGGGCAUAUCAGGAAACAUGCACCUGAGAGGAGUGAGAGCACCAGGCUGACUCUUAACUAAAUGAGCCCCGAGUUGGAAAUGGAGUUACAAAUGAUAUUGGACUGAGUCUGUAUUGAUUUAUAUGACCAGGUGGAGCAGAGCGGAGCCAACAAGGACAUCAAGGUCUAUUGUGUGUCCUGCUCAACACAAUAACACUCUGACACAACAAUCGGUUUUGUAUGUCUUUUGGUAUGUUAAUAUAUAUCUGGUGUUGGCAUAAGCAUACUUGCCUGUCAUCAUUCAAUACUGAUUUAAAAUAUUUAAAAACUGUCAGUUCACACUCUCAGCAAUGUUGGCUGCUUAUGAACAUAAAUUAUUCCUCUUAAAAAUUAGCACUCUGUAUUUAGUGGUGAUUGACACUCGUGUAUGCUUGUGCACAAAAUCUUUGAUUAGUUUAGAUAAAUACAUACUGGUGACUGGGCAUUUACGCUGCAAGACAAGACUUGCUGCAAAAGAGGUAUAAUAACUAUGCAAAAAAAAGAGAAUUAUUGUGUAUGUGUACCCCCAAAGGAAGGCGAAUGUUUCUGUUAACUUGUAUUUAAUAAAUUGUGUCAUUGACGUAUCUAUGCAAAACUUGGAGGAGACAGCUUUAAACUCAUUUGAUGUUUUAAUUGCUGUCUCACACAUGUUUUUUUAUAGAGCUGUGGCAUGUGAGGGUGUGUGGCAUUCAAAGUAAUGUAGUGUGUCUGUGUUUGCAAGUACAGUAUGUGUGAGAUUGAGAGAGAGAGAUACACAUAAAGUUGGGCAUUAGGUGUCAAAAAGUUUUUGUAUUUUAUAUUUGUAUGUAAUUGACUGAACUUUGCUAAUAAAUUAAUGCAAUAAAAGCUGAAUCAAAAGUA